AGAAACGUACACCACUUAUAAAUACACAUUAUGUCUUACAUAGAUAUAAUCAAAAGAUGAUAAGAUGACAUUUAAUAUGACAUAUAUAUAUUUAUAUAUAUACCAUGCUAGCUAUAUAUUUAAUAUGAGAUAUUAUUGAUUGAAACAUGUUGCACACAAUGAUUUCAUCAGCUGUAGUAAACGUUGCCACGUGUCUCCAUCCUCACCGUUCAUCUUCAUCAUCAGUGGCUUUCCCAGCUACUCAUCACGAUCUUCAUCUCCGAUCAAUAUUAUUGUCAACCAAUAAUAAUAAUAAUAAUAAUAAUAAUAAUAUGAAAUUGAGUAGUAGUAGUAGAAAUGAUAGUAUGAUGAUGAGAGUUAGUAGUAGCCAUAAUAGAAGAUCAAUAAUGAUGAGUGAGUACAUUGAAAUUGAGCUCAAAGUUCGUGAUUAUGAGCUUGAUCAAUAUGGUGUUGUCAACAAUGCCAUUUAUGCAAGUUAUUGCCAACAUGGUUGUUAUGAAGUGAUGGAAAGAAUUGGUGUAAGUUGUGAUAGCAUUGUUCGAAGUGGGAAUGCAUUAGCAAUCUCAGAAUUGUCAAUCAAAUUCCUUUCACCUUUAAGAAGUGGAGACAAGUUUGUGAUGAAGAUAAGAUAUUCAAGAAUUUCAGCUGUUCGUGCAUACUUCGAGCAUAACAUUUUCAAGCUUCCCAACCAUGAGCCUAUUUUGGAAGCAAAAGUGACAACAGUUUGGUUAAAUAAGAAGUUUCGUCCAGACCGUAUACCAUUGGAGAUAGCAUCUUUACUUGAUAAAUCCAACAGAAGAAAUGAGAAGAAGAUGAAUGUAACCUCAUGAGAUUCUUACAAUAAAAAAUAUAUUGUAAGUGGCAACGAAAUCUUUUUAUGUUUUAAUUUUUAUAUGCUUAAGCUUUUGAUUUAUUUUUUUGUGGAAAUACCUCGCUCUUUUGUUUGCAAAUUUAAGGCGCCAUUUAACUUCUACCGUUAAACGUCAACACGGAUGUCAUUAUAUACACAUGUAAUAUAUAUACACGUGACAUUGAAAUCUCUGAUGAAAAUAUAUUACGUAUACAUAAGUGUACAUAGUGAUAAUUUAGUUCGUAUUUAAUGGUAACUGGGGCCUCCAAUUUUCAAAUAGAAGUAAAAUUAAUGGGGUAUUAUAUUGCCACAAAAAAAAAAAAAAAAUUAGAGAGUUGAGUAUAAUUAAAAUUAAAACAUAAGGGAUGUUUGUCGCCAAUUACCCUUAUAUAAA